UUUGCUUCUGUGAAUGUUAAGUCUCUCUGUAUUGGUGGUACAGUGCAACUCACCACAGUGGUAGAGGUCAUACAACUGUGCAGUGGUAUUGUCGACCUCACCCUCUGGAUUCUGCCAGAGGGGGAUCAUGAUGUGCCAGGUUGCCUAUUGGAUGCAUUAAACAAGCUACCUUUGUCACAGCUGUCUAUCCACUUAUCAACUCUUCCGUAG